GUAGCCCACUUUGUGGCUCCGGUGAAGUCAGGAAUGGUCUGGAGCUUUCUAGAGAGGGGACAGCACAGGUGCGAGGCUAUAUGUGGCACCGACGGCCCCCAGUGGGCCGCUCACACACGGCUAACCACAGCAGCUGCAGAGGAAGGAACUGCGCCUGAGUGAGAAUCUUUUACAAAUGACGGAAACUGAGAGCACUGGUCUGGAGACCAAGGGUAAACCCCUGGCCUUCCGGUCUCAGAAAGAGAUGUUCGAGAAGAUGGAGGAAUCUUUCAAAAUCUGUGCAUAUUGUGAGAAGCGGCCAAAUCAGCUACCAGACCCACAGAGCCUAAAGCGCUGUGCUCGAUGCCUAAAUGUUUACUACUGCUGUAAAGAUUGUCAGAAGGAUGACUGGCCCAAACACAAGAAGUUCUGCUCACAACUGCGUCUGGCUGCCAUUGACAGAGUUGUAGAAUGGCUUCUGUUCAAAGGAGAUCUUCCAUUCCCCACAGAAAAAUGGUCAAAGCCCCAGUCAGAGGUUAAAGGCUGGGAUGACUGGCUUGCAAUGCAGGGAGAUCUCACAUCUCGUCUUGAACUCAUUUUAAACGGAGCCAACAUGAAAGACUUGUGGGCUAAGGCUGGCAGACCUCAGCCUGACAGCGAGGACCUGAAGCAGUCACUGUGGAGGGUUUGCAGUGAGUUCUUCUCUAGGCCGCUAACCAUAGCCUGGGGGAUAAGGCUGUUUGGCCUUAACCCUUAUUCCAAACCUCUUACCAUUCACCUGGUGGGAGCAGGCAAUAGUGAGACUCUGGCUGCCAGACUGACUGACUACGAUGAGCUGAACAACAUGUUCCCUGGGCAUCAGGGUAUUGAGAUAGUCAUGGUGGGACCAGAGGUGGUGGACGGGCCCAUCAUGAGGCCUCCUCUUAGGGCGUUUGGACCCAAGCAGAGGGUCUAUAUUAGCGCUUACAAGGGCCUCUACCAUCAGUUCUGGGAGGAUGUGGUGGAGAAGGAGGACGCAGCCAAGCCUGACUUGGUGGUUGGAUUUCAUCCUGGAUUUGAUGCCAGUCAGGGCCUGGAUGAAGGAUGGCUUCCUACACUUUUGCUCCUCAGGGAUUAUGAGAUUCCUUCUCUCUUCACUGCUCUCAGUGAGACGGAAAUGACCUACUCCCUGCAGAUCCUGUUGGAGUUGGAGAUGGACAUGAGGGGAAGUGGAGCCAACCCCUUCACAUCACUGAAACCAGAAGUGGUUGGUCCCAGCAAGCCUCCUGUCUACUGUAACUCCCACUACUUCUGUUUUCAGGGUCUACUGGAGACUGUGGAGUUUGAGGAACCAGAGGAGGCCUAAAGGAGCUGAUAAUUUAUUUAUUUUUAGAAUCUGAGCCAUUGUUUUUGAAAGCUUGUGUUUUCUUUUUAUGAAAUAAUGUAAUAAUAUUUUUUUUUAAAUGGUUGGUGUGCAUUGUCAUAUAUAUAUAUAUAUACAGUAUAUAUAUGUAAAAGUUCUUUGGUAAGAGUUCUGAAUGUUUGCCAUGACUUUUGCAUUAACUAUCUCACUUUCAUGCAACGUAACUAUCAGAGUUGUGAAAUUUGAAUUUACUGUCUCUCAAGUAUUGUUAGGAGAGAGGCAAUAAAACUUUGUAUAAAUAGUCAAAUGUUAAAUAAAUGAAAUAGUUUGCAUUGUCCACUCUGGUUCCACCACAGCUUUUGCUCUGUACAUUUUACAAACCUAAUUUCAAAUCACACAACAUACAUGUCUAGUCAGAAAUACCCCAAAAUAGAAAGGCAUGUUCUCUGUUGAUAUGUUGAUAACUGUUAACAAGAUUCCAAAACAAAAUAUUUAAUCAUGUAUU